AUGGCCCUUCAGCUAUUCUGUCAAAUCACCAUAAUUAUCACUAUAUGCAGUCUAUGGCAUUACUCAGACGUCAACAACGGAAUCGCAACCAUUGGAGAUAGCCCUGAUCCUUUUUUUGACUCAGAUGGCUUCCAUGCACCCCCGAUCCUGGGCUCAUCGAUUGUCUGGGCCACCAUCCCGGCUUGGAUCAUGUCGGCGUACUCGUCGCUCUGGUCUGCGAUGCUAGAUGCUUUGAAGAAGGUCCAACCCCUGCUGGAGUUGGAAAAGGCAAACCAGGUUCCACUACCAGGCACUGAGGCUUGUAGAAAGCUGUGGCAAUGGUUCUCACAAAAGCUCUCGCCGUCGACUACCUCACAAGGCCAACUGCCAUCGAAUCCAAAGCCAAAAGGUUCUACAAUUCAAAAGACACUGUUACUAGAUUAUGGAGAGUGGCCGGUUAUUAACGGCCUUAGGGCUAUGCGAGUCGGUCAUGUUCUUAUGGGCGUUUGCUUGCUCUUGCGUGCAGCACUCUGGACCGCAGGUGGUCUCACUGCCGCCAUCUUCGCUUCAGUUCUUGUCCCCUCUGAAGUUGAUGUCAAAUUAUACAGUACCCAGCGCUUUGAUGAAUAUCUGGGCUGGAGUACCGGAAGAGGCACCACCACCAACGCAUCCCUCACACCAGCUCUUGACAUUGUUAGUGCUACAGUGUUGAGAAACGGGGAAAAUUACCCGUGGACUACAGAGACUCAUUCUUUCUUACCCUUCUUUCCGAAUUCUAUAAAUGGUCCAGGGAACUACACCUUUGACACCGAAGCAUACUCAGCAGCCGUCGACUGUGAUGUUGCUACAGAAGAUGACCUUGUACGUAUCGGUGGACUACGUCUAGCCAGGCAGGGAAAAGACGAAAUGAACUCUGCUCAGCUUCAAUUCGGUUUCCGACACGAGAAUUGUAGCAUAAAUAAGUGGUUCACCAUAACCAACACGACCAAGCAGUAUGCUAGGACGUGGUCUACCGACUGUAACCUAGAAAAUGGCCACGCAAGACUUGGAAUAUUCUCAGGAACAUACAACGCCUCGGAGAAGCAUCAUACUUCAAAUCUGACAGUUAUCACUUGCAAACCUUUAAUAUACAGGUCCAAUGUGACAUUGAGUAUUUCAAUCACAAACAAUACUGCCACGCCCAAGAUACUCAAGUUUUCUGAAGGAAGCAAAGAAGAGUUCUGGCCAUUCUUUGCUACAGCUUGGUUUCGCAAUAUACCACUGUAUUCCGUCUUUGACCCAACGGUGGUCAAUGAUAUGGAUACCUUCUCGCGGCUGGUUAUUGGCCAUGCCUCGGGAAACCCAACUCUUGACGUAUUGCCUGACAGACAGAAUAUCCUCAAGUCGUUUGGUAUAGUCUUUCGAGCAUUGUUUUCCAAUUUUGUGACUCUACAAGCGUAUUCUGACGCACCACGACAAGAGAUUCAUGGUACACUGUCACGGCUUCGGCUAAGGCUGUUUGUAGUCAAAUCAGCAUCCAUAGCUAUUAUUGCGAUCGUUGGCACAGCAUUCGUAACAACUGUCAUCUUGGGCCUUCACCUCUACAUGAAUCGGCAUAUACUUAUCCAGUACCUAGAUCUGAUGUUGGGCACUGCAAUAUUGUUACGCAAUGACCAAAGCAAUGGUUUAGCGAGCUAUGCUCAAACGGUUAUAACCCAAGCUCGAGCAACGAGUCAAGGAUUGGUUGCUAUUGACCUUGUCAAGUUUGCAAAGAAGCAACCAGAUCUGAAUAGUUAUUUGGUAUGGGCAGAAGGAGACCCUAGAAGAUUGGAAGUUAAGCGAGCGUAA